GUGACCAAGUCCCUUUCUUUCACAAUCGUGCUCAGAACUGUUUUUGCUAAAAAAGCCUACAACUUUAUUCUUAUCCUCCCAGUUCAUCUCUCCUCUAAAUUUGUUUGUUUUCUCAUUCUGCACCCAAAACCCAAAUCCCAAAUCCUUCUUCUUCUCCGUUCCAUACAUGGAAUGGAAGCCAUGCCACAACCUCUACAACCUCCACAACAAGCAGCAGCAGCAGGGACCCGGUUCACUCUGCUGAAGCAGUCGUCGCUCGCACCGGACCGGGAGGACUCGGUGACGCUGGAGCCGGUUGAUCCGCCGGUGAGGCUGAUGUACAUGGCCAACGAGGGCGACUUGGACGCCAUUGAAGAGCUCUUGGACUCCGGAACCAAUGUCAAUUUCAGAGACAUUGAUGACCGCACCGCUCUCCACAUCGCCGCCUGCCAGGGCCGAACCGACGUCGUUCAGUUGUUGCUCAACAGAGGCGCCGAGGUCGACCCACAAGACCGCUGGGGCAGCACUCCUCUUGCAGAUGCAAUGUAUUACAAGAACGAUGAUGUGAUCAAACUUUUAGAGGAGCAUGGCGCUAAACCUCCGAUGGCUCCCAUGCAUGUCCAAAACGCACGUGAAGUCCCAGAAUAUGAGAUUGAUCCUACUGAGCUUGAUUUCUCCAACAGUGUUGAUAUAACUAAGGGAACCUAUCGCAUUGCAUCUUGGCGUGGAAUUCAAGUUGCAGUUAAAACGCUCGGGGAGAAAGUAUUCUCUGAUGAAGAUAAAGUAAAUGCAUUCAGGGAUGAGCUUGCUUUACUUCAGAAGAUACGACAUCCAAAUGUUGUCCAAUUUUUGGGUGCUGUAACACAAAGCAGUCCAAUGAUGAUUGUCACAGAAUAUCUACCCAAGGGAGAUUUUCAUGCAUAUCUUAAAAGGAAAGGUGCAUUAAAGCCUACAACAGCAGUAAAGUUUUCACUUGAUAUUGCUAGGGGGAUGAAUUAUCUUCAUGAGCAUAAACCUGAAGCAAUAAUUCAUCGAGAUCUUGAGCCCUCAAACAUAUUGCGGGAUGAUUCUGGGCAUCUGAAAGUUGCAGACUUUGGGUUGAGCAAGCUACUGAAAGUUGCAAAUACAGUUAAAGAGGACAGACCUGUGACUAGUCAAGACACUUCUUGGAGAUAUGUGGCUCCUGAGGUUUACAGAAAUGAAGAAUAUGAUACAAAAGUGGAUGUUUUUUCAUUUGCUUUGAUCUUGCAAGAGAUGAUUGAAGGUUGUCUACCAUUUUCUACAAAGCCAGAAAAGGAAGUUCCUAAGGCAUAUGUUGCAAAUGAGCGCCCACCAUUUAGAGCUCCACCAAAGUAUUAUGCACUUGGAUUGAAGGAGUUAAUUGAGGAAUGUUGGAGUCAGGAUCCGAUCAAGAGACCAACAUUCAGGCAAAUAAUUAAGAGGUUGGAUGACAUUAAUACCCAGUUUGCUAGAAAAAGACGCUGGAAGGUUAUGCCACUUAAAUGUCUCCAGAAUCUCGAGGCCAUGUUGAAGAAGGAUCGUACAUGCCCAAGCAGCCGUUCAUCUACCCAGUCUACAGUGAGAUGAGUAACUAUUGCCUCAUGUCAUGCAGGACUAAAAGCUCUUUUUCUCCUCCAACUGAGGAAGCUUUUUCUAGCACAGUUUCUGAGAUAGUUAUACCUUUUUGCCAGCAUGCCAAGUUUGCCUCUUAGUUGGGCCAACAGAUGCUGUGUAAUACAAUGGGUAAUGCUAUUCUCACAUGAAGAAUUUGUAGAGUUUCUUCCGACUGGAGCAUUUAUUUCUUCUUUUUUUAAACAAUA